AUGGAAUCUUGGGUACAGGAGACAUAAAAAUUGUACUUUUCUGGCUAUCCAUUUAUUGAGUAUGGUGUAGGUGGCUAUAUCAUUCUAAUUGUUCUACUUCUUGCUCUAAAAUGUCUUUUUAAUUGUGAAACUAAACAUCCUGCAAAAUUCAAUGUAUGAUUAAAAAUUUCAUCUAGGUUGUGAAAUUUAAAAUCCCUAAUAAUAAUUCAAAUACAAACACAUCUAAUUAAUAAGAACUAAUAAGUAACUAAACAAAAGUGAUAUAAUAAUUGAAUGAAAAAUUAGUAACAAUGCAAUAAGCAUUUGAUAAAUUGGCUAAGGAACAUAAUUAGUUGCGUACAAGUAUCAAAUAAUUUUAAAUCAUCUAGCACUAUCUGAUUUAUAAUCAUAAGUAUUUGAUAUUUUGACUAAAAAAACUAAUUCCACUUCUUCAUAAUUAUCAGUGAAAUCUAUCAAAUCUCAAACUGCUACAUCUUAGAAAUAAGUAGAGAAUUAAGAAGUAAGAUAAGGAUCAGAAGCAUAAGAAGGAUAAGAUUAAUAAAAAAUAGAUAAAUUAUAAUUAUAAGAGGAAUAAUCUUAAUAAAAAUAAGUAUAGUAGCAUGAAUAAUAAUAAUAAUAAUAAUAAUAAUAAUAAUAAUAAUCAUAAAAUGAAGAAAAUUUAUAAAAUAAUACUUAAAUGUAAUUUAAAGAACAAGAAGAUAAUACAUAAAAUACAAUAAUCGCAUAACCAUAAGAAUCUAUGAAUCAAUCCUAAACAAAUCCAUUUACUGUAGAAUAACCUCCUGUCAUAAGAAAACCAUAAAAUCCACCUACUCCAAGAAGAAUACCUCCAUAAUUGAGACCAAAGUGA